AUGUCGGAUAUUGAAAAACAACCACAAGAACCUAUAACCCCCAGACUGACAAAUGAAUCAGCUACUUUGAACGAUGACACCGAGAUUUAUCAUUUAAAAGAUGUAGUAUUGACAAAGAAAAUGAAGCUAGUCAAUGAUGCCAUUGAUGAAAUUGGUUUCACACCAUAUCACUUGAAAUUGUUCUUUUUAAAUGGUAUGGGAUAUUGGACUGAUACGCAAUUAACAUAUUUGGAAAGUUCAGUGCGUACUUUUGUUAAUUAUCAAUUCGGUUAUAAGUUCCCCAUAAGUAAUGAAAUGUUAGCUGCAGGAUUAUUAUUUGGGGCUUUAUUUUGGGGGUUUUCGGCUGAUUUAAUUGGGAGGAAAGUUGCAUUCAAUAUUUCAUUAUUGCUUAGUGGGUUAUUUACAAUUAUAACUGGUACUAUGUCAUCAAUGGCAAGUUAUUGUAUUUUUGUGUUUUUGAGUUGUUUUGCUGCUGGUGGGAAUUUGGUUUUGGAUACUUGUGUAUUUCUUGAAUAUUUACCUCACAAGAAUCAAUGGUUAUUGACAUUUUUUGCAUUUUUUUGGGGGAUUGGGCAAGUUAUUGCUGUGGCUUUGGCGUUUGCAUUUUUGCCUAAUAACUCAUGUGAUUCCGAGGAUUAUUGUCCAAGUCAUAUCAAUCGUGGAUGGAGGUAUGUCUACUAUACUAAUGGGUCAAUUGUGUUGUUUAUGUCGAUUUUGAGGUUGACAGUGGUGAGUUUGAAAGAAACGCCAAAGUUCCUUGUGUCGAAUAAUAGAGAUGCGGAAGCAGUGGAGAUUUUACAUCAUAUUGCUACGAAAUAUAAUCGGAAAUGUUCGUUAACUUUGGAGGAGUUGGAACUGUUGGGUUCAAUCGAGAUAAAUGACGAUUUUAGAAAACAUAUUGAUUGGAAAGGAAUGUUGGUAUUAAUGAAGCAUCAUGUUUCAAUCUUGUUUAGUAAUAGGCAAAUGACGAGAUCGACAGUGCUAAUUUUUCUUUCCUGGUUUUUACUAGGAAUAUCUUACCCAUUAUAUUCAUCGUUCCUUCCACAAUAUUUGGCAACUAGAGGUGCCAAUAUUUCUGCGUCAACAACCCAUGGAGUAUAUCGAGACAAUUUGAUUUCAAACACUGUGUCAAUGGGUGGUCCGUUAAUUGCUGGUGCUCUCCUAUACUUUUUCCCCAUUAUUGGAAGAAGAGGUGUUUUAUUUAUUGGUGGUGUAUCAUCAAUGGCUUUCUUAUUUGGUUACACACAGAUCAAAAAUAGGACACAAAAUGUUGCUCUUUCAUCGAUUUCAUUUGCAACUAUUUACAUAUACUAUGCUGUUCUAUACGCCUAUACCCCGGAAGUGUUUCCCAGUGCAGCAAGAGGUACUGGUAAUGCAUUAGCAAUUGCAUGCACAAGAGUAGCCACCGUUAUAGUACCCUUGAUUGCAUACUAUUCAGAUACUGCUAGUGCUGCUCCUAUAUGGAUUUGUGGUGCUUUUGUUGGUGUUGUGGGGUUCCUUGCUUUGUUGUUGCCAUAUGAACCAAGUAAGCAUAGAGUCGCUUGA